UUGUCACUUCCUUGCUGCUGUGAUCCGCACAAACACCAGUCCAUCCCCACGCAGCCUUUCGCCAGCACGUUUCCGCAACACACACACCAUCGCAAACCAACCUUGAAACUGCGCGAAAGCCGGAAUCCCAGCUGCGCCAAAUGUCCACCACAAUCGGCGGCUUCGCCGCCGGCGCCCUCGCAGCCUGCGGCGCCGUCACCGUCACGCACCCGGCCGAAGUCCUCAAGAUCCGGCAGCAGCUGCAGGGCGAGCUGCAGACAAAGGGCGCGCAGCCGCAGUACUACCGCGGGCCCAUCCACGGCAUCAGCGUCAUUGUCAAGAACGAGGGCAUCCGCGGCAUCUACCGCGGCCUGGGCGCCGCCUACAUCUACCAGGUGCUGCUCAACGGCUGCCGCCUCGGCUUCUACGAGCCCAUGCGCAAGGCCACCGCCGCCCUCUUCCUCGGCGACGAGACCAGGCAGAACCUCGCCAUCAACGUCUUCUGCGGCGCCUCCUCCGGCAUCCUCGGCGCCGCCGCCGGCAGCCCCUUUUUCCUCGUCAAGACGCGCCUGCAGAGCUACUCCCCCGUCCGGCCCGUCGGCACCCAGCACAACUACCGCAACCUGUGGGAUGGCCUGCGCCAGAUCUACCGCGGCGAGGGCUUCACCGGCCUGUACCGCGGCAUCACGGCCGCCAUGGUCCGCACCGGCUUUGGCAGCUCCGUCCAGCUGCCCACCUACUUUCUCGCCAAGCGGCAGCUGGUCAAGCACGCCGGCAUGGAGGAGGGCCCGGCCCUGCACCUGGCCAGCUCCUCCGUCAGCGGCUUUGUCGUCUGCUGCGUCAUGCAUCCUCCUGACACAAUCAUGUCCCGCCUCUACAACCAGCACGGCAACCUCUACAGCGGCAUCCUCGACUGCGCCGGCAAGACGAUCCGCACCGAGGGCAUCUUUGCCAUCUACAAGGGCUUCAUCCCCCACCUCGCCCGCAUCCUGCCGCACACCAUCCUCACCCUCUCCCUGGCCGAGCAGACGGCCAAGCUCGUCCGCCGCGUCGAGAGCCGCAUCCUGCCUAUGCUAGGCUACGAGGAGGGGCGUCUCUAG